UCGAAACACACGACAACGCUGCAAGCAGUGCUCUCUCUUCCUCUCUCUCUGAAAGCUUCUUCUCCAUCAAGCUUAUCUGAUUAAUCAUAGUUGAGAGCCAACCAUGGCGGACCCAGCUCCUCUGCUGCAAGAUAUGCCUAAGGGGUUCAGAUUCCUUCCCACCGAUGAAGAGCUCAUCCGUCAUUUUCUCCACCACAAAUUCAUGAACGAUGAUCCUUCUAUUCACGACACCAUCCCCGAGAUUGAUAUUUGCAAGCACGAACCCUGGGAAUUACCAGAGUUUUCGCUGAUCAAGUCGGACGACCCACAAUGGUUUUUCUUCAGUCGUCUCGAUUACAAGUACCCUAGUAGUACUCGAUCUAAUAGGGCAACGUCGCGGGGCUACUGGAAAGCCACCAGUAAGGAAAGGAAAAUUACAGAACGAGACACUCACAAUGUCAUUGGGACCAAGAAGACUCUGGUUUUCCACGAAGGUCGUGUUACAGGCAUUAAUACUAAUUGGGUUAUUCAUGAAUAUCAUGAUGCUCUCUUUCCUUCAGACCAGAGAACGCAUGUUCUAUGUAGGUUAAUGAAGAAACCCAAGAAUGAAACAAAAGGAAAGAUGGGUGAACAAAUUUAUGAUAGAAGGGAGCCAAGUAACCAUAUGGUUGUUGAGUAUGAAAAUCAAGCAACUGCACAUAUGAUUCCAGAAGUGCGCAGACAAAUUCUUGAUCAGGUACAAAAUUUCUCAAACAUGGAUUCAAUGAUUCAAUCACCUUCGACGGCUGAGAUGCCCUGGGAGUCGGAAGGAGAAUUUGAUUGCAAUUCAUUCUUGCUGUCAUCUCCAAGAAUGGAUGAGCAAGAGUAAUUGGAAACGAUAACAGCAUCAGACAUGCAUUGACAUGUGAAGAAAGGACAACUAUUCAUGUUACACUAAAGGAUAAAGAAUUGAAGUGUAUUUCCUUGAAGUGUUAUCUAAUGAUUUAGCCCGUUGAACAAGGGUUUUGUUUUACA